AUGCAUCGACUGUCGUGGGUAAUGCCUACCGUCGCCGGAAAACGCUACGUUACCUCCACCGCCGUCUUUCUAACCGAAGCCAUCAAACUCGCCAUCUCGCUCACAAUGGCCCUUUAUGAAAUCUCCAAACACGCCCCGCCCUCCAUGCCCGCCACGUCGCUAUUUUCGAAUCUAUCAAACACAAUCUUUGCAGGCGAUAGCUGGAAGCUGGCUCUUCCCGCUUGCCUUUAUACACUCUCGAACUCGCUGCAGUACGUAGCGCUGUCGAAUCUGGAUCCGGCGACUUAUCAGAUUACGUACCAGGUAAAGCUGCUCUUUGCGGCUGUCUUUGGGCUGGUUUUGUUGCAGCGGUAUAUUCCCGCGCGGAAUUGGGGACUGUUGCUUUUUUUGGCGGCGGGUGUGGUGCUGCUACAUGCGCCGGGGCAUGAGUCGGAUCGUCUGGUGGCGAGAGAUGAAUCGGCGCAUUUUCCGAGGUCGUUGGAGGAAUGGAGGCAGAAAAAAGGGUAUUCGCCGAUGAAGAUUGCGAAGCGGUCCGCGAGUUACGAAGGGAUUGAGGAGGAUAUGUUGCUAGAGCAUCCUACUCUCGACGGCCGGGUAGGUCUCAUGGCGACUCUGUGCGCAUGUGUUGCGUCGGCGUUGGCCGCGGUUAGUUUUGAGAAGGUUAUUCGCGAUAGUGCGGCGAAGACGUCGCUUUGGGUGCGCAAUGUGCAGUUGGCGCUUCAGUCGGUGGUACCUGCGUUCUUUGUUGGUGUGAUUUUUCUCGAUGGAGAGGUUAUUGCGAAGCAAGGAUUCUUUGCCGGCUAUAGUUGGAUUGUUUGGGUGAUUAUCUUCAUCCAGGCUAUCGGGGGUAUUGGUGCGGGAUAUGCCAUUGCGUACGCAGACAAGACUGCGAAGACGACUGCGACGGGAUUUAGUCUCGUCGUGGGGAUGUUGUCGAGUCUGUCUGUGUUUGAUUUGGAGUUGUCGGCCAACUUCUCCAUCGGCGCCGCUAUAGUCCUAAUCGCAACAUUUUUAUAUGGUACUACACUAUCACCUUCCCCCCUAGCUCGGAUGCGACCACCCCCAAUUCGGAUUGAGAGCUUUGACGAGGACCCAAACAGACCUGGCGUCUCUCCUCCCAACGACUUCUCCAUCAAACUCCCUAACACACCUUUAUUGACAGCCGGCCUUUCAACGUCCCGGCCUGCAUCGCCGAGUCAUUCGCGAGUCAAGUCGAAUCAGAGCGGCUCAGGAUAUUUCCUAGAACCUGAUGAAUAG